GCACCUGCUGGAAGAAGUCUUGUCAAGUCUGUUUUCAUUUUACGCUUCGUGAAAAAUUGGAAAAUUCACAUUUUCUGCACUUUAUCUGGGCAAUUAGACCCUUUUGCCUGCAAUGGCUAAUCACUACGAAGUCCCCAAAUGGGCAGGAAAACCACCCACGGGCUUCCAUUUGGACGUCCUCAAGGAGGACAAACUCAUCCAGAAGCUAAUGAUUGAUGAGAAGAAGUGCUACCUCUUUGGAAGGAAUUCUCAGCUCAAUGAUUUCUGCAUUGAUCAUCAAUCCUGUUCACGCGUUCAUGCUGCCUACGUCUACCACAAGCACCUCCACAUCUCCUAUCUUGUGGAUUUGGGCAGUACUCAUGGAACGUUCAUUGGGAAUAUCCGGUUGGAGGCGCACAAACCAACGCAGCUGCACAUGAAUUCCCAAUUUCACUUUGGAGCCUCCACAAGAUCCUACAUUUUACGCGAGAGACCCUCAACGGGGGUUCGUCCCAACAUUAUGGAAGACAUCCCCAUGUCAGAUGCCACCGAGGGAGCCCUUCUUGGUCUUCCGGAGAGUCAAAGUGAACUCGAUAACUUAACAGAGUACAAUACGGCAACAAAUCGUCGAAUCUCCAUGCUGGGCAUUGCCGAUGAUACCACGUACAAGAGUAAUCUGGAGAAGGAUAAGAAUAACCGGAAGCGGAUGCGGAAGAGCGUGACGUUCAAUGAUGAUGAGAUUGUUAUCAAUCCGGAGGACAUUGAUCCCACCAUUGGGCGCUUCCGGAACCUCGUGCAGACCACAGUGGUACCCACGAAGCGUGCAAAAAUGGACAUGGGAAUCAGCUCCGGGAAUGCCAGCACAAGCGCCGAUGCUGCAAAGCACCUUCAUCCCACUGCCCUUGUCCCGCAUCUCUAUCACGGUCUCCCCCCAUCUGCCGAUGAUGGCAAGUACUCAAUGGACGUGGACGAAGGGGCGGCUCCACUGAGUUUGGGCUCCAAACUGGGACUCCUCCUGCCCAAUCCAGCACCCGAUGUCCUCCCCACGGACAUUGCUGUGACGCCCGAGAAGAUGCCACCACCUCCAGCUCCGUCGUCGCGCAUUGAGGAGCCCGAAAUGCAUACUGGAGACGAACCGCGAAAGAAGAAGUACGCCAAGGAAGCAUGGCCAGGACGGAAGCCCCUCAUGAGUGGCCUCUAAGCUUCUUUUCCCUUAAUUUUCAAUUUAUUUUAUCAUUUUCAAUUCAUCUCUGUUUUUAUUUUUUACUCCAAUUCAUUACAAAAAAAUUUACUCUCAAGAUCUAAACAAGAUUUCAGAGAAUCAAAACAAAAAUAAUUUAUAAAGGCCGAGAUUCAGGGCAAUGUUGGGAGCUCAAAAGCAAUCCGGCUAAAAGUGGAAUUAAUCCAGAUAAAAAUUAAUAAAAUAAGUAUGAAAAUUUCAAA